AUAUUUCCUGUUUUAUAUACGGACUCAAGGUGUAAACAAAUGUCUGGUCUGUAGGAGUCUGUGCUUCCUAUCUGUGUAGAUAAGAGUUCCCUUGAUCUGUGUUGACUCUUCUGACUUUUACAAUGGCUUCAGGAAGCCUCCCUUCAGAACUGGACUCACAUUUGUUGGAGUGUCCAAUAUGCCUUGAGCAACUUCAACUACCAAAAUCCUUACCGUGCCUACACUCCUUCUGUCAGGAUUGUCUCGGGACAUAUAUUACAAAGGAGCUGUCCGGGAAGAUGGCGUCGACAACAUCCUUCCCUUGUCCGAUCUGUAGGAGGACGACCUCUCCUGUGAAUCAAGCAGAAUCAAAGGCUAAAUGGGCAGAGCAAUUAUCGACCAAUAGUUUGAUCCAUGAUCUUAUCCAGCUUAGGGAACGUUCGUCUGAACCAUUGUACUGCAAACCCUGCCAGACAAAAGGUAACCGGAACAACCCAGCCAGUUUUUGGUGCAAGACGAUGAACGAGAACUUCUGCGACAAUUGUAAGGUAAAACUUCAUGAUAUCAUACAUACUGACUGUGAUAUACUGAAUAUCACCGGACACCAUAACAAACGACUAAAUAGGGAAACGUCUGCCCCUCGAUGUUAUCAACACGGCGAGAAAAUUGUUCGGUAUUGUGAGGACCACCAACUUCUGUGCUGUAACGAAUGCGUGAUCGAAGACCAUAUGAGUUGUGGAAAGGUACCAAAGGUGACGGAAUAUUGCAAGAAGAUAAAAGCAGGAUCGCAGAUAGAAGACAUGCAGGCGGCGUUGAAGAAAGGAACAGAUAGUAUGAACUCACUAGUGAAGGACUUUGAUGAGCAACUCCAAACCAUGAUACAGAACCAGGAAAUCGCACUGCAAAGCAUCUCCGACCUGCGUCGAAAGGUAGAUAAACGACUGGACACACUUCAGAAGAACAUUACCGACGAAAUGAUUACAUUGUUCAAAAAAGAGAAAAGAGACAUGGAGGCAUCAUCACGGCAUUUCAAACGUCUUUUUAAUGGAAUGAAAAAUACACUAAAGUCGUCCAUUAAAGCCGUAGAGGAAAAGGACAACAUUGAGACGAUAGUGUUGUAUCAGAGAGGACAGACAGAAGUGGAGUCGUGUAAGACCCUUGUCGAUGAGUUGAGCAAGUCAUUCACAUCCGUCAGCAUCGAGCAUCAAAUUGUUUCCGGACAUGAUAUCAUUGGUGAUAACGCGAUGGGAAAGAUUGUCGUCGGAAAACAACCACGAUGCAUCCCUGGGAGCCAUAUCGAUUUAGCAAACCCCAUGUCAGAACGACAAGUGAAAAAAAUCGGAAAAUUUAACAUCAAGUCCCCGUUAGAUAAACAU